AUGUCUCAAGGCUGGGUCAACGCCGUCUACUACCCCAACUGGCGCGUCUACAAGAACCAGACACCGGCCUGCCUGCCGACGAACGCCGUCACCCACGUUUUAUACGCCUUCAUCAAAGUCAACACGGACGGGACGCUGAAGCUCACCGACGACUGGGCGGAUACCCAAAUCGCCGUGGACGGCACCAGGGGAUGUCUCUCAGCCCUCGCUAACCUCAAGGCCUCGGCCCCGCACAUCCGCACACUCAUCUCCGUCGGCGGCGGCGGCGGGAGUGCCGAGUUUCCGGCCCUGGCCGCCAAUCCGGCCGCUCGCGCCCGUUUCGCCCACGAGAUCAAGGGGUUUUGCGACAAGUACCAGCUCAAUGGUGUCGAUAUUGACUGGGAGCAUCCGAGCGACGCCAAGCAAGGCCAAGACUACAUUGCCCUCUUGAGCGAAAUCCGCCGCUACAUGCCGGCGGGCUGGUACCUCCUCACCUCGGCGCUGCCGCAGGGCCAGUACGUCCUGAGGAACAUCGACCUCAGACGGGCGGCGGCCCUGCUCGACUACCUGAACCUCAUGUGCUACGACCUGACGGGGCCCUGGACCGAGGUCUCGGGCAACCACGCGCAGCUGUUGCCUCCCCGGAGCCUGGCGAGCAACAACCCCUGCCUCCGGGCGGCGUGCGCUGACGGUGUCCACUAUGUGAUCCAAAGCGGGUUCCCGAGCCGCAAGGUGCUGCUCGGGAUCCCCGCAUACGCGCGCACGUUCCCGCGGGCCAGAGGCCCCGGUGGGCCGUCCAAGGACGCGGGCGAGGUGGAUUACUGCGACAUGUCGGACGAGAUGGUGGACCGGGCGACGGUGGACGCCACGGCUGCGGCGGCGUCGUAUGUCGACGCCGAGCACGGCUUCAUGACGUUCGACGUGCCGGGAACGGUGGCCAUCAAGGCCCAGUAUGCCAAGAGCAUGGGCCUCGGCGGGCUCUUUUACUGGACCGGCGUCGGGGACCGUAAGGGAAGGCAGAGCCUGGUGCAGGCCGGCUUCAACGAGCUGAACGGCUUUAGGUAG